UGCGGCUGAUGGGGCCGAUAGCUCGGCUGCUGCUGCUGCCGGUGCUGCUGCUAGUAAAGCGGCCAGGGGCGCCAGUGACAGCGAUAGCCCCAGCGGUGCUGCUGCCGGCAGCAGCAGCAGCGGGGGCGUCAGUGGGGGGAUGCUGUCAGCUCGCAUGGCUGCGGCCGCUGUGCCGUACAGCGGCAACGCAACAGCAGGAGGUGGAGGCGGAGGCGGACCCAUGGGUCAGGGGUCCUCCCCCGGCGUCCCCAACCCCUGGCACCGGCUGUGGCAGACCACCCCGGCAUGUCCCUGCUGGCGACAGAAGCCCCUGCAGGACCCCUCCCUGGAGGGCGAGCGGGUGCUUCAUGAGCUGGAGACGCUGCCCCCCGCCCACCUGUACGACACGCUUCUGGGUACGGCACUGGCGGCCGCCGUACAGCUGCUGGCGGGCAGUGAGGGGGGGCAGCUACCGCCGGUGGCCGCACUGCUGCAGCAGUACUGCAGGAUCUCCGCGCCCAUCAUCAAGCGCGGCUGCAGCCUGGCAGCCGCAUCCCCACCGCCGGGCGCUGGUGGCAGUGGUGGCGGCAUAGCAGCGGCACAUGCAGCCGGGGGCGGGGGCGGCGAGCGACCCGUGGGUCACCCCUCCUGCCAGCUGGUGGGGUGGGAGGACGCGGAGCUGGAGUACCUGCUGGCGGAGUUCCACUACCUGGAGCAGGCUGUUGUGCUGGCUGAGAGCCUGGUGCGGCGCCUGCCCGGCAACCGGCCCCUGGCCGCAGCACUCAUGCAGGCCGCACUGCAGGGUGCCCAGGGUCUGGAGGAGGGCCGGCUGGUGCUGCGCCCCGCCGCCUGGGUGGAGGGCGAGGUGGCUCGGGGGGCGCUAGCGUGCCUGCUGGCGAGCCGCUGCCCUCCUCGCCCCCGCCCCCGCCCUCACCCACCUCCCCCCGCCCCGCGCCGAGCAGCUCCACCGCAGCCAGCUCAGCCUCAUCCCUCACAGCAGUCGCAGCCGCAGUCUUCCCCGCAUCGGGUGAAGCAGAGGCCGCAGCAGCGGAGCCUGGGAGCCAAGCACAGCGGGGGGGCUGCUGCCGCUGACAUCCAGG